GAAGUCCAUUAUCAUUGGAGCAUACUACCGACCGCCAAACACCACCUGCGAAGACAACGCACGCAUGGCUGUAGCAGAGAUGAGUAAGGUCCGAUCAGAUAAUCCAAAAUCUGACUUUUGGUUGACUGGCGACUUCAACCUCCCAGAUAUAGACUGGCCCACCCUGUCAAUCAACUCUCAUCUCUACCCAAGCAAAAUGUCAGCAGAGUACACCAUCACACCUGGUGACUGUGGAGUACAACAGCUUGUGAACACACCCACACGGGGAGACAAGAUACUAGACCUGUUCUUCACAAACAACCCUUCUCUUGUACAACGUUGCAAAGUAAUCCCAGGAGUAGGCGACCACGAGGCAGUGCUAAUAGACUCAUUAAUACAACCAUUUAGAAGCAAACCAGUCCGUAAGGAAAUAUACUCAUGGGACAAGGCAGGCAUGACAUUGUUGCGCCAAGAAGUGUCCAACUUUGUACAAGAUUUCAUCGCCAGGCCUUUUACAUCAGUCAACACCCACUGGGAGCUCUGCAGAGACACUGUACUAGACAUCAUCAACAAGCAUGUCCCCCACAAGAGUACCAGAUCCAGAACAACAAACCCUUUGAUUGACACAUCCAGCAGGCGACUGACGCGCAGAAAACACCGUGCAUUCCAGAAAGCCAAGGCAACAAAGAACAAGCGAGACCAACGUAGAUACUUGUCUGUUAAGUCAGAAUGCCAGCGAACCAUCCGUCGUGCCUACCAAGAAUACAUCGAUGACAUCAUAACUCCUAUAUUUAUAGUGCCUCACAGAACCUUAAGAAGUUCAUUUAUAAAGAGUAGGAAGCAAGAAGCCUCUGGCGUGGCACCAUUACUUAUCAACGAUCUCCCUGAAGUUGUCCAGUCCAACGUAAAGCUUUUUGCGGAUGGCUGCCUCGUCUACAGAACGAUUUGUUCAACCAGCGAUACAGUCCAACUUCAGCAGGACUUAUCAGCACUCGAGAAGUGAUAGAGGGAUUGGCAGAUGGCUUUCCACCCCCAGAAAUGU